UCUGACCCCAGUGGCAGUCCCAUCUCACUACACCGCUCUUCGGCUUCUCCUCUGUCAGAUCGAGGCUGCUCUCUCUCUCUCUCUUGCUCCCCCUCUCCGCUUCUGUCUGUCUCGUUUCCACAAGAGCCAGCCGAGGUCCCCCAGGGUCGAAGGUUCUGCCCUGCCCGCCCAGACUGCAACCCCCGCCGGCCUCCAAAUCGGCAUUCUCCCGCAUGGAUCUGCGUCUUUUGACAGCGUAGAGGGCGACCCCGGGACACGUAUCCGCCAGAACGAAGAUUGCUGUGUGGUUGUGGUCCAGUGUGGUUGAUCCGGUUUUGUACACGAGGCGGUUAUAGUUCUGAGCAGCGGUUCUGAAUGAUGACCGCUGAACGGUUCAGCCUUGGAUCCUGGUGAACUGUGUCUGAUGUCCGAACGGCGGAAGCAUGGCUCAUGGAAUCGCCUCUCAGGGCAAAGUGACCAUCACAGUGGACGAGUACAGCUCCAACCCCACACAGGCCUUCACUCACUACAACAUCAACCAGAGCCGCUUUCAACCUCCACAUGUCCACAUGGUGGACCCUACCCCGUAUGACACUCCUAAGCCAGCAGGACACACGCGGUUUGUGUGUGUUUCGGACACCCACUCCCGUACAGAUGGGAUUCAGAUGCCCUAUGGUGAUGUGCUGCUCCACACGGGAGACUUCACUGAGCUGGGCCUGCCCUCUGAGGUCAAGAAGUUCAACGACUGGCUAGGUGGUCUACCCUAUGAGUUUAAGGUGGUGAUAGCAGGGAACCAUGAGCUGACCUUCGAUAAGGACUUUAUGGCUGAGCUGGUCAAGCAGGAUUACUACCGUUUUCCCUCCGUGUCCAAACUGAAGCCCGAGGACUUUGAUGACGUCCAGGACCUCCUCACUAACUGUGUGUACCUCCAGGACUCUGACGUCACCGUCAAAGGCUUCCGGAUAUAUGGGACACCAUGGAGCCCGUGGUUUAACGGCUGGGGGUUCAACCUGCCUAGGGGCCAGUCUCUGCUGGAUAAAUGGAACCAAGUCCCAGAGGGCAUUGACAUCCUCAUGACCCACUGCCCUCCCCUCGGGUUCAGAGACUGGGUUCCUAAGGAGCUGCAGAGGGUGGGCUGUGUGGAGCUGCUCAACACGGUCCAGAGGAGGGUCCGGCCCAAACUACACGCCUUCGGAGGAAUACAUGAAGGGUAUGGCAUCAUGACUGACGGCUGCACCACGUUCAUCAACUCGUCCACGUGCACGAUCAGCUUCCAGCCCACCAACCCCCCAAUCGUGUUCGACCUGCCCAACCCCUCCAGCUCCUGAGAAUGACCUGUGAAAGAGGGGGGGAGUGGUUGGCCAGAAUAACCUUUUUUUUUCUAACAAAUAAUGUCAAAAUAAUUAUAUUAAGUGUUUCUCUCAAAUAUUGUUAUUUUGUAAGCUGUAAAGUGAAAGAGUGUGGGGGGUGUAGGGUUAGAUGGGGGGUGGGGUGUAGGGUUAUAGGGUGCUGAGUGGUUAUAGGGUGCUGAGUGGUUAUAGGGUGCUGAGUGGUUAUACAAUCUUGCUAUGGAAGAAAAAGCAGUCGGAUCUGUAAGAUAAAUGAUGCUUUGUGAAUUUGUACAAUUUCCUUCGUUUUUGGGGUUUGUGUUUGCUGGAAACGUCGGUAUUGGAUGCCAUUGUUGAUUUUGUACGUUCUUGUUUUUUGUGUUUGGUUUCAUUUUGUUUCCUGGACAACUCUGCUUUCUGAUUGGCUGACAGGGACGAUGCCUUAAACUAGCUUUAAUGUUGUCAGCUAGAGCCCCACUCUCUGCAAGCUCAGAGAAAGACCUUAUUUAUUAUUAACUUGUGUCUAUCAACCCAGUCAAACUACACCACACAGAGCAGGGAAAGAAAUCUAUCAAAUUAUACGCUUGAGAUAAUCUAACAUCUACCGUCUGCAAUUCUGAUACAUCUGGAGGAGAGCUAGUAUAUAUAUAUAUAUAUAUAUAUAUAUAUAUAUAUAUAUAUAUAUAUAUACA